AUGGAUCAGCAACUGUCACUUUCGGAAUACGCGAUUGCCACCUCGUCGACGCUUGGACUCAACGAACAGGCUUGCAAUGAAUGCAAAAGACGAAAAGGCCGCUGUGAUCGUCAACUACCGGAGUGCGGACCGUGUGAGAGGAACAAGCGACACUGCCUGUAUGAGAAGCAUUCCAAGACACCGUUGACCAGAAAGUACCUAACUUCCGUGGAGGAGCGGCUACGCCAAGCUGAGCUGCGAGCAAGACAACUCGAGAGGCGAGCGCUCCUUGUUGAAGCAAAGCUUGCACACCAGCAACAGGGUGUAACAGACGUCACCACCGCGAGACAGUCACCGGAACCUCACACUCAUAUAUCGGAAGCUCGUGAGAACAACCGGAGGGACGAGACAACAUUUUCGCCAGUACCGGCCCAGCGACUCGACCAUGGAUCCGUUCCGAAUGCUCCGGCGCCCGACUAUUGUGGCCACCACAGCUUUAGCAGUAUAAACGCUGAGUGGCAGUAUGCGAGCAGCGAUCAUCAAACACCUGGUGGCGUCGAACUCACCUCGCCUAGCGUUCUCGAGGGCACCAGCCUGGCGGAUUCUUACCUACGUACUCAUGACUUUGAGGCGCCGCCAUCUGAAGCUGAUGAUUUCAGCUGGGACGAGCAAUCUUCAGGAGACCGCCCUGACAUCCAACGGCAAUAUCACAAUGCUGUUUUCGACGAUGAAGAGCCAAGUGUCACAGAUGGUAUGGCCUCUUUGUCUGUCGAAGAUCGUGGUGCAGGAUAUCUGGGAGUCGCUUCUGGAGCUGCAAUGCUGCGUCUACUGCUGCCAGAUGCCGAGCACAGGGGUGCGCUUCAACGCAGCUCUACGAAUUUCCGCUACAGAUCCCCAAGCGAGCCUCUGCCUGCUGCUGAGGAAGCUCAAGGCUGGGUGCCUACACCUGUGUAUGUGGCAAGAAGCAUUGGCAAUAUCGACCUCGACGCCGCAAUCAACGCAUACUUCUCACUUUACCACUUGUCCUAUCCUAUUGUUCACGAAGCAUCUUUCCGGGCACAGUACGCGCAGGUUAUUCCGCGACCUGCUGGUAGGAGCUGGAAUGCACUGGCUUAUAUGAUCGGAGCUAUUGGACUGUUCACAACGUCAACCGGGCCGGUCACAAGAGACUUGGAUUUGUUUGAGGCGGCUAGAGCCAACAUAUCGAUUGGCAGUCUGGAAAGCGGAAAUCUGACGUUAGUGCAGGUGUUGAUUCUCAUGUCGAACUAUCUCCAAAAACGGAACAAGCCGAAUAGUGGAUACAAUUACAUCGGCCUGGCGCUGCACAUGGCGAUGGGCUUAGGUCUGCACAAAGAGUUCCACAACUGGAGGAUAUCGCCGUUGACGAUGGAGAUCCGCAGACGAGUGUGGUGGUGCUUACAUGUAUUUGCUAUUGGAGCCAUCAUCACUUUCGGACGACCUCUCAGCUGGCCUGACUACGGUGUCGAAGUCGCGUUACCUCUGAACAUUGACGAUCGUGACCUCACGAAUGUCUCAAAGUCCUUACCGCCGGCAAGAGAAGGCAUUACAACGUACACCGCGGUGGGUGUCCAAGCUCGGUUUCAUGUCGCGACCAACGACAUUUAUUCCAAGAUUAUCUCUGUGCAGUUCCCUCGUGCUGCCGAGCUCGUACGUUUGGAUGACGAGAAGAUCGAAACUUGGCGCCUGACAUGGCUCAAAGACGACCUCGAGGUGCAGCCUCGCUUUCGUCUGUCGCGCAGCAUCAUGGAGUGGCGAUACCGUAACUUCCGAAUCAUCAUGUACAGACCAUUUGUCAUACGUCAUGCUCUUCAGCAACGUUCCGGAGUAGCAGGCCCACAAUUCGACAGAGCAAUGUUGACAGCCGUGGAACGCUGUCUCCGCGAAGCGCAGAGCACCAUCACCGCCAUCCAUGACUACUGGUCUACAUGCCACCACAACUGUCUCGGAUCCUGGUACGGCUUGUACUUCAUCUUCCAGGCCUCGCUAAUACCUGUCAUGUGUCUUCGCAACAACCCUAUGUCUGACCAAGCAUCAUCUUGGCGUCAACAAAUCCAGACAGUGCUGACAGUUUUUGACGCAAUGCGCGAAAUCAACCCCUCCAGCAAAGAUUGCCGCAACAUAAUAUUGAAGCUGUGCGCCGGAUUUUUGGCGCCAGAUCAGCGGACUCAGGCGUCGGAGGUUGGGCCAGCUUCAUCGUUUACGUGGCAGCAACCUGUCGAGGAAAGUCCGCAGACGCAGCUGUCGGGAGUCUACUCGAUGAUGUGGCCAAUGUCACUGUCGGCUGAACCAGAUUUUAUGAUGCCUGAUCAAGGCUGGACAAACUUCCUUACGCAGGUACCAUCAAACCCAUCAACGUUGGGAGAUGAGACAAUGAAUAACUUCUUCUGGAACCAAUUUGGAGCUGAAGAAAAGAACGAGUGGCCACCACGCUGA